GGAGGGACACGCGUGCGGGAGCACAUGUGUUGACACGCGUGCGGGUACGUAAAGGGGGGUGCAAACCCCUGACAUGGGGGGCACAGCCCCGGCAUGGGCACAGAGACGCAUGGGGCACGGACAUGGGCGCGCACACACGUGCACGUGGAAGCACGGACGCGCAUGCCUAUGGGGAGGGCUACGUCAGCACAACUGUGCGCAGAUGCAUGGGGAGGGAGGGACAGACAGACGGACGGCUGUAUGCUGAAGAUGAAUUUGCCCCCGCUGGCCACCUCGGUGCUCCAACGCUGCCAGGCAGUGCCCCCUCCCCAUGGGGCAGAGCUCAGUGGCACCCACAGGUGCCCCCAAAGCCAGUCUUGGGCAGGGGGCAAAGCACCCAUGAGCCGUACUUGGGCUCUGAGCGGGGGCACGGGGGAUGGGGGCUGUGUCAUAUGGAACCCCAUCUCCUGCCUUAAACCCAGGCUGGGGCUGGACCCCCCCCCAUCCCUCUGGUGGAUACCCUGUCCCCAUGUCCCCAGGCACUUUCUCCACCCCUUGGGGAAUUGCCACGGGCAGGGUGGCCCUGCCAAAGACCACGGUCCAUCCCUGGGGUGCUGCCAGCUCCCCCGUGCCUCAGUUUCCCCUGUGCCCCGGCAGGCCGGGGCUGCAAGGUGGAGCGGAGCAGCUCACCGUGCCAAGGUCUCGCCGAUAACACCGUUAAUACUGGGGUCUUCACAGUACCCGGACACUCCCUGGGCACGUGAUGGGGUUCCACCAGCACCAGCCAUUGCAACUGGGAUCCAGCUGGCCUGGGCCUGACUGGGGGCCAGGGGGUGGCCUGGCACUGCCCACUGUCCCCCCCCCGCUGCCCCAUCCCCACGGCGUGGCAGGGUGGGGGCCGUGUCUGCAGGGAUGGGACACUGGUCUGGAUCUGCCCCAGCCCUGCCAGUGGGGACGGGGGGUGCGGUGCCCCAUGGGCAGUGGGGAGAGACUGGGAUGGGGCAGCAGGCAGGGUGGGCGCUCCUCCGCACAUCUGCCCAUCUGUCUGUCCCUCCACCCACCCAUCCGACUGUCUGUCCUUCCUUCCUUCUGUCCGUCCAGCUGCCCACCCACCCAUCCAUCUGUCCGUCCCUCCCUCCAUCCAUCCACCCCUCCUUCCCUCCCUCCGUCCGUCCACCCACGCUCCCAUCCAUCUGUCCCUCCCUCCACCCAUCCCUCUGUCCCUUCAUCCCCCCCCCCCAACCACCACUCGCCCACCCCGGGGGUUGACCCCAGCCGUGGGCACGGGGCUGCCGCCGCGGUCCCCGACGUGGUCCCCGAGGUGGUGGCCGCAGGGUGCCGCAGGGUGCUGGUGGCUGAGCCGGGGGGGGGGGGGGGGAGAGGAGAGGUGCCACCUCCCAAGGGUUAUAGGAGCCACGUUGCCAUGGCGCUUGGUGGCACUUGUCCUCUUGAGCCCAAUAAAAGCUGCUCUUUGGCCCGGGGUGCAGAGAGCGGCGCCCGCGCUCGGUCCCAGCAGCGGCGUGGGAGAGGAGCGCCCAUCUCGGGGUGCAGGAUCCGGCCGUGCCCCAGCCCUCUGCCAGCCUCCCCCUGAAAAUGCCGAGGACUUCGCAGCCCCUCGCGCUCCUCGUCCUGUUCGUCCUCGCCGCCACCGUCCGGGGACAGGCCGGCACCGGCCCCAAGGAGCUGCAGCCUUGGCUCAUCAGCCUCACGGCCGUCGUCGUCUUCCUCUUCAUCGUCUUUGUGCUCCUGCUCAUCAACCGGCUCUGGCAGAUCAGGAUGCGCAGGAAGCAGGGCGGCCUCCAGGACACCCAGGGGACUGACAGGCUGGAGCACGCCGGCUGCGCCAACCCGGCGGCCGAAAAGGACAGCGACGAGGAGAGCGACGGCGAGGAGCAGAGCAAGGCCACGUCCCUCUGAAGCGGCGGCCGUCCCCUGCCCGCUCGGUGCCCGGCCUUAGGGACGCCCCGUCGGGCACUUCGCCCUCAGUCCCGUCCGCCGGACGUGGAUCCGUGCCGGGUUUUGCGGGGCGGCCGCGGGGCGGGAAGUGCCGCGGCGGUUCCCGGCUGCCGCCAAGACCCGGCGUGGAUUCGCCGCCCGCCGGAGUGGAUCGGAGAGGGCGGCGGCUGGGGACAGGAGCGGGGUGUCCCCCACCCCCCCGCCGCUCCCAGCCCUGGGCCGGGGGUGCCCCCGGCUGUACCCCGGUAAAGGUCCCAGCCUG